GAGUGCUUUCUCGCUUGCUUGCGUAUGUGCGACGUGAGGCGACGCGAGACGACGCUUUCCACGCGAGGCGACGCCGCGCGAGAGAACUGUCAACGUCGCCUCGAGACUUUUCUUCGGUCCUUCCAUCCCGGAAUAUCGAAGCAAACGAGAUUCCGGGCUUCGAACAGUCUCCUCGAACAACGACGACGAUCCAAAACCCAAUGCACCGAAGAUCUGAGUCAGCCAUCGAGGAGUCGUCUACUGGCGACGAGGGAAGAACCGUGCCAAGUUCCGGAACCGCGCUCUUCCUACGUUUCGUUUCGAAUCUGUGACGUUAUCCUGAUCCGUCCUGCGGGGGAUAACGUCUGUUUGUGACCCAUCGA